AGAGAGAGAGAGAGAGAGAGAGAGAGAGAGAAAUAGAGAGAGACACACACACAUGAUCUGUGUCCCGCCACGCGACGGCUCGUGAGACGUUCGGCAGGUUCUGGACCGGUGGACCGAGCUCGCGCAGCAGCGAGACUUGAGAAAUGGAGGCUAUCUAUGGAGAGAUGGAGGUGGAGAGCUGCUACACGCUGCUUGAACUUCCUACAGCCAAGAAGAAACGGAGGAGCAAAGAUGGUGCAGGAAACUCAGACAAACCCAAGAAGCCCAGAUCAGCGUAUCUGCUCUAUUACUUUGACGUGCGUCAGAACAUGCAACAGGAGAACCCUGAGCUGCCGCAGUCGGAGAUCAACAAAUGCAUCAGCGACAGCUGGAAGAGGCUGAACGUGGCCGAUCGAGGUUAUUAUCUGGAGAGAGCACGCAUGGAGAGAGAUGGUGUGGACCCUAGCAGCCAAUAUGCUGCGUCCUCUCCAGACGUCCCAGGAUUCCGGAAGAUCCUCCCGAGGGCCAAUUAUGUGCUGCUUCCCAAGAGUUCGGUGGGAGGAGAGAGCGGGCAGGUGGAGGUGUGUGUGGACGGUGAGGUUGAGCUGUCUGAGCAGCGACUGGCUAUCGAGGGGCUGUGCGAGAACACCGCUGCGUCUGCACCCCUCCGUGGAAUCCUGUCCCACAAUUCCUGUGCCAUUCAAAAAGCGUCGGGUCUCGGCCGGGACACUCUCAGACCCUCAGCUGCGGCUGUUCAUCUGAAGGGGGAGGAGUGUCGUAUGGUGGGAGGGGCCUGCGGUAACGUUGGCAUAGUGACAGGCAAUGGAACGGAGCCUCCCAUCAGAACAGACGGCACUCAUCUUGUUGCUGUAAUUCCUCAUCAGGAUGUGGUGAAAAAUAAAAUGGUCAGUACUGCAGGUCCAGUGAUGAUGUUCCCACUCGUGAAGUCUGUUAAGGCAGAACCCAAACCCGCCUUUAAACUGCCCAUCAGAUACACACGCAGAGGACGGGGCAACUGCAACACACCUGGCUGUGUGUUCUCAUACGUCACCCGUCACAAACCGCUUCAGUGUCCUGACUGUGGUCAGCAUCUCGGGGGAAAGUGGGUGACACCUUCAAAAAGACCAACAUCAACAAACCCGUGUGACGAUUCCAAGCUUCUCACUGCACAUUCAGCUCAUGUGACAGAAGAUGCAGAAGUGAGUCGGAGUGCUGACGCCACCGACCGACCGGACUCUUCCGUUACUUCCCAGAAACCCUCUGGAGAAGAAGCUCAGGUCAGGAGCUGGUCAGGAGCCGGCCGCAGGAGGAGAGAGAAGACGGUACAUGAGCCUGCUGUCCUAUCAUUGAGUGACGGCCCCAUUCAGGUCCCGCUGAAGGAAAAAGGCAGCAGUGGUGCACAGAAACGCCGUAUAAGAGCCAUUCUUCCAGCGCCCGCUCAGUCCAAUACGGCCGUUCAGUCUGCACUUGUGCAGUGGAUCUCCGUCGGUCCUGAUGAAGUGAAAACAGAUAGAGUGAAAGGAUCCAGGGAGCACAUCGUGGGUCUGAAGCCCAGUACUCUCAAACAGCUGGGACACAUCAUCCCAGAACCGAAAGCCACCAGGACAGUAAGCAGUAACCAGUACAUCAUUACAGACAACGGUGUGAAGAUUCUCUCCAUGCUGCCCAUCAAGAAAACAUCUGGAUCCUCUCUUGAUCUGGGCUUGUCUACGGCGAGAGGAAGGGGUCAUUGUAAGAACCCUGCGUGUGAUUACGUCUAUAAAAACAGACAUAAACCUCAACACUGUCCCACCUGUGGAUGGGAACUGAGCAACAAAUUUGCCAAGAAAACCAGACCUGCGGCGUCAGACGAGGUUGAUGUGGGUUCUGAGGUUCUGAUUGAUCCGUCUCAGUCUCUAAGCGCCGCUCAGAAGGAACUUCAGCGUCAGUCGACAGUGAGCGUGCUCAGAUGCUGUCUGCAGUUCCCAGAGAGUGAGACAGAAGUGCAGGACAUCUUCAACCUGAUACAACAACUCAACACCUCACGAGAAAGUGAAGAGAGAGACAACGGUUGGCCGACCUUCUAUGAACCUGCGGCCACAAGCUGCGCUCUGUGUCAUUACCCGCUGCUUAAAGGAGAGCACAGUUCAGCUGCAGGUUUGGAGGGAUGUUGGUUAUUGACUGACGGAGCGGUUCAGCUGGUCACCCUACAGGUGAAAAUCUGCUCAAAUCUGAAGUGUCUGGCGCUUCAUAGUUUCACAGACCUGCAUCCAGGUUUGUUUAAUGUAGGCAAUCAAUUGCUGGUGACCCUGGAUUUGUUCUUUAAGAUGAGACAUCUGAUCAGACGAGGAGAUGAUCCAGCAGACGCUGCUCUCAGUAUCAUCAGGAACUCACAAACAGAGGGUGUAUUGGGAUCUGAGCACAUGUCUCGUGUUCAGGAACUCUUCUGCAGUGGUUACUGGGCCUUCGAGUGUCUGACGGUUCGAGACUAUAAUGAUAUGAUCUGUGGUGUGUGUGGCAUCGCUCCUAAACUGGAGGUCGCACAACGCAACACCAACAACGUUCUACUGCUCAAGAACGUGGAGUUCACUUGGCCUGAUGUCGAGGUGACGGAUGAGGUGCAGGUCGAUGAGUUCUGGUUGACGAUGGAGCAUGAGGCUUUAGAACAAGCAGCGUUUCCCUGCAGCAUCCCCAUCACUCGCUUCGACGCGUCUAUCAUCGCUCCCUUUAUUCCUCCUCUCAUGAGGAGCGCGACCGUCAUCAACACAGAGAAGGAAAAGAUCUGUUCAGACUCACUCGCCGGUACGCACGUCACACAUCUGAAGUGUGUUGAGCAGAGACAGGCGACACAUCACACGAGUGUCUGUGUUUCAGGGGAUCCUGCGGUUCUGGUGCGUCUGAUCCAUGACGGACUGCUGAGAUCAGAUCAGAUGGAGCAGCACAGCGAGCAGGAGGUCAGGGACCUGCUGGAGAAAUGUGGAUGCCCAGCUGCAGUGGAUGGUUCAAAGGCGCAACUGCUGGCAUCUGUUUCUCUGUUGCACUCGCAAAUACAAAACGGCCUUUGGACGGGACCUGAACCGGAAGCUCACGUGACGGCGGGCAGAAUCAGUCGAGUUUGUCCUCAUCAGGUGGUGUGCAGCUCGAAGUACGUGGUUCGUCGAGAAAGUGCACGAGAUCAUGUUGACCUGUUGCUCUCCACGCGCUUCUGGCCGCCAGUGUAUGUGACCGAUUGUGCUCAGAAGGUGGCGCUGUGUGCUGAUGUCGUCUACCCAGAACUGACCUCUCAGAUGUGGGGAAGGAACCAGGGAUGUUUUUCUGACCCUUCAUCAGCUCCACAGUUUGUGUCCUGCUCAGAACUACAGGAUCAGCUCUACAGUCUGGAUCUGUCCGUUAUCGAAUCAAACCCACAGCUUCACCCCCUCACCAAAUCCACCUCUCGCUGGAUCGUUCGGCCCGACUCCUCACCCGACGCUCACCACGUCAUGACGCUGUGCAAAGAACUGGAAGCCUACGUUGACGUGGUGGGCGAGAUGUGCCAUGAAUCUGAAAAUGAUCCCUCUGAAUACGACAGCGCGUUUGCGGUGGCGUCCGUCCGACGUAAAGCCCUUGUGUUUGAAAAUGCAGCGUAUUACUACCUUUACAACAGGCUGGUUGACUUUCUAAGCAGCAGAGACAUCGUGAACCAGCAGAUCGCAGAGGUCCUGAGCACCUGUCAGCCUGGCGAGGUGGUGAUGAUCAGAGACGCCCUCUACCGACUGGGAGUGGCUCAUAUCAACUCAGAAGAACAGGAGGCUGAAGACGGCGGGAUGUUAGAAGAGGAGAUAAUGCUUCUCUGACCCAGGGAGUGGUUAAAGGAACAUUUCCCCAAAAACAGAAAGAUGAACUCGCUCUUAUGAGUCCAGAGCUUCUGUUCUUUGACAUCUUCAGAGAAACCCAGAAGAAGAUCUGUGGCAGAAAGGUUUUGUUUACUUUAUAUGAGUCUUUUUAAGUCAUAAUGUACUGUGUAAAUGAACAUCACCUCUCAUUCUGAUGUUCUGCCUCACGUCUCAUUCUGUGUUUCCUGAAUGAAUGAUGAUUGAUAAUUAUACAACAUGAAGGUGAAUACAGUUUCUGAAGGUCUCUAACUCUUGGAUCUUUAUCAAAGUGAAACCACUACUGGUGAGAUGUCGACAGUAUUUAUUUGAAUAUUUACACAGUUGUGUUGAAGAGAUCCUGCUUUAUCAUAAAUUAAACACAUGAUGUGUGCAGAAAUCUUUUGUGUGUGUGUGUGAGAGAUAAUUUAUGACUCACCGGUCAUACAUGGCAUAACUUGAUUUCAGUACUAAGCUUUCCUCAUGAAAAUUGCAUUGGUCGCUGUCACGGUUGACAGAAAUAACCCUUAGUCUACUUGUAAUUAACUUCAUUUAUAGAACAUCAUUUUUAGCAGCUUUCAGUGGAAAGUCCUCAGGAAAAACAGGCAGAUAUGUAUAAAUGUAUAGACAUCUGUAACUCCUCAUGAAUAAUGAAGCUUCAAUAUCUCACACACAUCAUUUUAUUCAUGACAUGGAAUGAUUCAGUCAGAGACUUCAUUGAUUCUGUCUUCAUGAGCUUACACAACAUCACAAUAUACAACACAGAAAAGUGUUUAAUCAAUGUAAACAAUGAUAUAAUAUUAUAUCUGACAAACAUAUGGCAGUCUGUGCUUCAAGAAAUAAAAAAUCUAUUACAUGAAAUGACUCUUAAAAUACCUCAGGUUAUGGCAGUACAUGACCAGUCUGUUAGUACAUCAUGUGAAACAGCAAAAAAAAAAGUUUUAACAAAUGUCAUUUAAACAAGCUCACAAAAAAGUGGAAACUAUGAAAAAUAACUUUCUAUUUCAAAUGCUUUUAUAAUGAAAAAGGUUGUUUAGUUAUCAGAAAGUUUUUCAUCUUUGACCUUCUCUCAUCUAAUGAAA